AUCCUCCUUUAUCUUCUCCGUCCUUAAUCACCACUUUUUCUGAGUGACUCCUUUUCUCUCGUCACCCAACAGUCAGACUUCCCCGUGUCUGUCCACCUUUAGCCGCAUCCUCUACCCUCACUUCCUUCUUUCACCCCAAUCUUCACAAUGGCUUCCAACGGUACCAACGGCGUCCACGCCGACCCUGCUUCAUGGAAGCACUACAACGAGGGUUCUUUCCUCUUCACUUCCGAGUCCGUCGGUGAGGGUCACCCUGAUAAGAUCGCCGAUCAGGUUUCCGACGCCAUCCUCGAUGCCUGCCUUCGCGAGGACCCCCUCUCCAAGGUUGCUUGCGAGACUGCUACCAAGACUGGUAUGAUCAUGGUCUUCGGUGAGAUUACCACCCAGGCCAAGCUCGACUACCAGAAGGUUGUCCGUGACGCCAUCAAGGACAUCGGUUACGAUGACUCUGCCAAGGGUUUUGACUACAAGACCUGCAACUUGCUCGUUGCCAUCGAGCAGCAGUCCCCUGAUAUCGCCCAGGGUCUCCACUACGAGAAGGCUCUUGAGCAGCUCGGUGCUGGUGACCAGGGUAUCAUGUUCGGAUAUGCCACCGACGAGACCCCUGAGCUUUUCCCCCUUACUCUCCUCUUCGCCCACAAGCUCAACGCCGCAAUGUCAGCUGCUCGCCGCGACGGUUCCCUCCCCUGGUUGAGACCUGACACCAAGACUCAGGUCACCAUCGAGUACAAGCACGACAACGGUGCCGUUGUCCCUCAGCGCGUCCACACUGUCGUCGUCUCUGCUCAGCACUCUCCUGACAUCACCACCGAGGAGCUCCGAAAGGAGAUCAAGGAGAAGAUCAUCCAGAAGGUUAUCCCUGCCAAGUACCUCAGCGAUGAGACCAUCUAUCACAUCCAGCCCUCUGGCCUCUUCAUCAUUGGUGGUCCCCAGGGUGAUGCCGGUCUGACCGGCCGAAAGAUCAUCGUCGACACCUACGGUGGUUGGGGUGCCCACGGUGGUGGUGCCUUCUCCGGCAAGGAUUUCUCCAAGGUCGACCGAUCUGCCGCCUACGUUGGUCGAUGGAUCGCCAAGUCCCUGGUCGCCGCUGGCCUCUGCCGACGUGCUCUUGUCCAGCUCUCUUACGCCAUUGGUGUCGCUGAGCCCCUUUCCAUCUACGUCGACUCCUACGGUACCUCUGAGAAGACCUCCGAGGAGCUUGUCGAGAUCAUCCGCAAGAACUUCGACCUCCGACCUGGUGUCAUUGUCCGUGAGCUCAACCUGGACCAGCCCAUCUACCUCCAGACCGCCAAGAACGGUCACUUCGGUACCAACCAGAGCUUCAGCUGGGAGAAGCCCAAGGAGCUUAAGUUCUAAGCUGUCUUGUGACAUGAUAUCAAACCACAAAAAGAGUAUUCAACAGCUCUAUGCAUACAUCACAACAGAUGUGUAAUCAUUUGAUUUAGCAACUAAAGGCGGCGUACGGUUCUCAACGAAACCUAUGUAUCUCCCACCGGAAGGGAGGACGGUCGGUUUCCGGCUUUUGUUUUGUUUAUGAUUUCUAUCCAAAACUUAUUUUGGUUCCACGGGUGUGGAGAUUUCUUUCGCGAUAUACCAGGCACGGAGUGGGCGUCUUUCAACAAAGACAUUUUAGGGCAAACCUGCAUUUGUGAGGCGAAUCAAAAGAAGAGUCAAAGAGACUUGCAUUAUAACGAUACCACGACAAGGGAAAUGACAAAAAGACGACGCAUCCGAUGGGAAGGCGGCGUUUUGACGAGGAAACAAAAGAACUUCAACAUCUUUUUCUUUCCAGGAUUUCUAGCCGAGCUGAUGCAGUAGGCGGGCGAGACCAGCCAGGACGUGGUGGAGGUUGGAUUGAUCGCUAAUUAGAAAGUCGAUCUUUGAAUGAUAGAAGGAUUCUAAUGGGCUGAUAGAUAUGCCCAGUCGCUGCGAAUGCAGACGGCAGCUAGAACUAAGAAAGAAAACAAGUUACUACGGGAA